GGUGGUGGCGGCCGCCAUUUUGCCGCGGCGGGUCGGGUCUGGCUCUGCGAGGCCCGGUGAAGGAGCGGCUGCCGAGCGGGAGGAGCCGGCGGCGUUUCGGGCAGCACCGUCGGGACCCGCGAGGAGAGAGAGGCCGGGCGGGGGCGGCUUUGGGGCCACGGAUGGCGGCGGAUUCUCUGCGGCCGAGGCGGCGGCGGCGCUGGGGCUGAGGCGGCGGCAGGAGGAGGCGGGGCAGGAGGCGCCUCCCCUCCCUCCUCCCUCCUCCCCCCUCCCACCCAGGACUAGUCUUCCUGAAGAAAGCGAAACCCUGGAAGUACAGUCUGAAAAGCAAGAGGACUUCUCAAUUCACACAGCUAAUUCUGAAACAGGCAGUCCCGAGCGCAGGCUGGGCUGCCAAGGAACCCAGGAGCUGGACGGCUCGUCCCAGUGGUUGGCUGACCAGAAUGAGGCCGAUUCCCAGCAUGCACUUGAGCAGGACACCAGCGCUACAACCACAGCCGAAGCUUUUGGGACGAGAAGCAAAGAGCAAGAGAGAAUUAAAAUGCAGAGCAGCCCACCCCAGCAGCACCACACACUGCACACACAGAAUACAUCAGACAGAAUGACAGGCAGCAAUCCAGUGUCACCAGCCUCUUCGGGCUCACCUGCCUCAAGCGGCAGCAUCUCCCCACCACAUCUCACUCACGAUUCCUCUCUGGACAGUCACAUCAGUUUUGAUGUUUCUAAGGCACAAACCAGAGCCCUCGUGUCACCUGGGAUGUACACCUCCCCUGAUCCAGCAAGCAUGUGGGACAAGACCCAUGCAGAAAUUGCUGAGCAGGCUAAGCACGAAGCAGAGAUUGAGAAUCGCAUUGCAGAAAUGAAAAAGGAGGGAUUCUGGUCUCUAAAAAGGCUAUCAAAGGUGCCGGAGCCAGUUCGGGCCAAAGUGCACUGGGAUUAUCUUUGUGAGGAGAUGCAGUGGCUGUCUGCUGAUUUUGCCCAAGAACGCCGCUGGAAAAGGGGUGUCGCAAGAAAGGUGGUGCGCAUGGUGAUCAGGCAUCAUGAAGAGCAGAAGCAGAAAGAAGAACGAGCCAAACGGGAGGAACAGGCUAAGCUGCGCCGUAUUGCUUCAUCCAUCGCCAAAGAGGUCAAGCAGUUUUGGAGCAAUGUUGAGAAGGUUGUGCAGUUCAAGCAGCAGUCACGUCUGGAGGAGAAACGGAAGAAAGCUCUGGACCUACAACUGGACUUCAUAGUGGGCCAGACAGAGAAAUACUCAGACCUGCUUACCCAAAGCCUCAAUGAGACCCUUCCGGUUCCCGGCAGAAGUGGUGGUUCACAUGCCGGAUCCACUGCCUCUAGUCCACCACCCUCUGCUCACCUCACUGCAGAUGAAGAUGGAGAUUUCCAACCCCAUGAGGAAUCAGACGAUGAGGAGACAAUUGAAGUAGAAGAACAGCAGGAAGGGAAUGAUUCAGAGACUCAGCAAAGGGAGAUAGAGCUGCUAAAGCAGGAAAGUGAGCUGCCCCUUGAAGAGCUACUCCAGUCACUGCCAGUUCAGAUUUUAGAGAACUCCUUCAGUGUGCCACCUUGUGCUUCGAGUUCUGACAAUGAUGAAGAAGAGGAGGGAGACAGCGAAGAGGAAGAUGAGCGAUUAGAAAAACAGAUCUCCAAGAAUCUAAAGGAGAAGCCAAGGCCUGUUCCACAGAGGAAUAAAAAACCUUGGACGCCUGAUGAAGAAGAUGUGGAGUUCACUGCCAAUGAAGAGGAAGCUGAAGAUGAAGAGGAAACAAUUGAUGCUCAAGAAAAGUUGGAAGGUGAUGUGGACCAUAGCGGAGAACUGGAUGACCUGGCCAAGGAAGGUGAGCUACCCAUGGAAGAGUUGCUGCAGAAAUAUGCUGGUGCCUACGCUUCAGACUUUGAAAUGGAAGAGUCAGACUCCACAUCUGAGGCCUCAGAGCCCACCACGUCCGAGUAUGAGCAAGAGUCAGAGGAAAAUGGUAGCAGUAGCCAUUCAGAUUCAACUGAUGAGGUGGAUAGUGAGCAGGAGGAAAUCAAAGCUGAUGGUGCCAUGGAGGAGGAACCUUCAGUGAGCCAGGAGGAGGACUUUGGAGUGGAGUACCUACUGAAGCAGGAUGAAGAGCAGGGUGGUGAGGGAGAUUCAGCCCCGGCUCCUGGGCCCAAGAAGGAGAUCACGGAUAUCGCAGCAGCUGCAGAGAGUCUGCAGCCCAAAGGAUACACCUUGGCAACUACACAGGUUAAAACACCAAUUCCCUACCUUUUGCGUGGGACACUGCGAGAAUACCAACACAUUGGUUUGGACUGGUUGGUUACUAUGUAUGAAAAGAAACUCAAUGGUAUUCUGGCUGAUGAGAUGGGGCUUGGCAAAACAAUCCAGACCAUUUCGCUGCUGGCACAUUUGGCUUGUGAAAAGGGUAGCUGGGGCCCUCACCUGAUCAUCGUUCCCACCAGUGUGAUUCUGAACUGGGAGAUGGAAAUCAAGCGCUGGUGCCCUAGUUUCAAGAUCCUUACGUACUAUGGGGCGCAGAAGGAACGUAAGCUAAAGCGUCAGGGUUGGACCAAGCCAAAUGCCUUCCAUAUCUGUAUCACCUCCUACAAGCUUGUGCUGCAGGACCACCAGGCCUUUCGACGCAAGAAUUGGAAGUACCUAAUUUUGGAUGAGGCUCAGAACAUCAAGAACUUCAAAUCACAACGCUGGCAGUCCUUGCUCAACUUCAACAGCCAGAGGCGACUGUUGCUCACCGGAACCCCUCUCCAGAACAGUCUGAUGGAGCUAUGGUCCCUCAUGCACUUCCUGAUGCCCCAUGUCUUCCAGUCACACCGCGAGUUCAAGGAAUGGUUUUCCAACCCCUUGACAGGCAUGAUUGAGGGUAGCCAGGAGUACAAUGAGAACCUAGUCAAAAGGCUUCACAAGGUGCUGCGGCCCUUCCUUCUACGGAGGGUGAAGGUGGAUGUAGAGAAGCAAAUGCCAAAGAAAUACGAACACGUUAUCAAAUGCCGCCUCUCCAAGCGUCAGCGUUAUCUGUAUGAUGACUUCAUGGCCCAGGCUGCAACGAAGGAGACACUGGCAACAGGCCAUUUUAUGAGCGUCAUCAAUAUCUUGAUGCAGCUCCGUAAGGUCUGCAACCAUCCCAACCUGUUUGACCCAAGGCCUAUCCACUCACCAUUUAUCACAGAGGGCAUCUGCUUCAACACAGCCUCCCUUGUCCUGCACGCUCUUGAUAAUGACCCAUUUAAGCAUGUGGACAUGGGCAUCUUUGAUCUUAUCAACUUGGAAGGCCGUGUGUCUCGUUAUGAAACUGACACAUUCCUCCCCAAGUGGAAAGUGACCAGGAAACUGAUUGAGGAGAUUGCAGAGUCCCCAGAUCCUCCUCCUAGGCCCAAGCCAGUCAAGAUGAAAGUGAACAGGAUGCUGCAGCCAGUGCCCAAGCCCGAGAACCGUACUGUGGUGCUGGUGAACAGCCCUCGUCCCACAGCACCCCUACAGAGACCCAUCACUCCUGUGCUUUCAGAGCCACUGACUCCUGCCCUGGCUACCAUUCAGCACUCAAGCCCUGUCUUGCCGGGCUCUGUGCACCCUUCCACGUUCCCUGUGUCAGUCUCUCUCCCACUGUCUGUCCCCAUGUCUCCCACACCCAUCACUAUGUCGAUACCAGUGCCUCCUGCUGCCAGAUCACAAACCCCUACUCUAGUGCCUCCUCUGAGCCAGAACAACACAGCUGCUGCCCUGCUGCAAGGCCAGUCCUCCACUUCUCAGGUUCUGUCUGUGCCGAUGACUGCAGCGCAACCGGUCUCAAGCUCUCCACGACCCCUCUUCCCCCCAGGUCCUAUUCCUUCUCCUGCUUCCUCACUUAAGCCUGUGUCGGCCCCCACAACCACCUUGGGCAUAUUGCCCGGGGGGCAGCAGCCCGUCAUUAGUACCUUGGGAGUUUCUUCUGUGGGGCAGCAGCUGCCCAUCAGCACCUUUGCCGUAUCCUCUGUGGGGCAGCCACCUGUUACCACCUUGGGGGUGGCCUCUGUGGCUCAGCAGCAGCCCAUCAACACAUUAGGGGUUUCACCUUUGGGUCAGCAGCAGCCCAUCAAUACUUUGGGGGUACCUGCUGUGGGUCAGCAGCAGCCCAUGGGAAUUUCCACUGUGGGCCAAGGGCAGCAGUUGUCCAUAAACACCUUGGGAGUUUCCACUGUGGGGCAGGGGCAGCAGCUGCCCAUCAACACUUUGGGAGUGCCCACUGUGAGUCAGGCACCACAACUCAUUAACACCUUGGGAAUUUCCACUGUGGCGCAGGGGCAGCAGUUGCCUAUCAACACUUUGGGAGUGCCCUCUAUGGGCCAACAGCCACUGCUGCCACCCAUUAACACCUUGGGAGCCUCCCCUGUGGGGCAGGUGCAACAGCAACCCAUUAACACUGUGGGGGUCUCCCCUGUGGGGCAACAGCAGCAGCAACAACAACAGCAGCAAACCAUGAAUACCAUGGGGGUUUCUACUGUGGGGCAGCAGCAACAGCAACAACAGCAGCCUAUUAAUUCCUUGGGGGUCUCCACUGUGGGACAGCAACAGCCUAUUAACACCAUAGGAGUUUCCACUGUGGGGCAGCAGCCCACCAACACUUUGGGCCCCAAUCCUACAGCCCAGCAGUCUACUAGCACCAUGGCCACUGGCACCGUUGCAGGCAUGAUGAAGCCCCUGAACAUCCAGUCUCCUGUGCCCACCUUGCCUGGCUACAACUUCACAACAACAGCUGGACCUGUUCAGCAGAGACUAUUGCUGUCCCCGGAUAUGCAAGCGAGACUACCCUCUGGUGAAGUGGUAAGCAUUGGGCAGCUUGCCUCCUUGGCCAACCGGCCCCUACAAAGUGCUCCAGGCAGCAAACCCAUCACCUUCCAAAUCCAAGGCAACAAACUGACCUUGGCAGGUACUACCCAGGUGCGCCAGAUCACGAUGCCUCAGCCAGCACGACAGCUUCCAAGGAAUGUAGUUCACCUGGUAUCCGUUGGAGGGCAGCACCACAUCAUCAGCCAGCCUGCUCAAGUGGCUCUGAUCCAGGCUAUGGCCCAGCAGGCUGGGCAGGCUCCCGUUGGUGUGCAGGCUGUGCCAGGCCACCAGCCCCCCACCAUCCUGCCAAGCCCAUCUACCAGCACAGCUGCUGCCGCUGUUGCCUCCACAGCAACGAUCAGUGUCCCCAUUGCUGCCACCCAAGUGCCCUCCUCGGGAGUGAACAGUUCUGGGGUGGUGAAGAUUGUGGUGCGCCAGGCCCCUCGAGAUGGCUUGGUGUCCCCCUCGCCCGGCCCCCAGCAGCCACCCCUUCAUCCUGCAGCACUGAGUGCCACUGCUCUGCCAACAGUUCCAGCAGCCCUCAUGGCCCAGCGAGCCUCACUUCCCACACAACCGGUCAGGCUGGCUACUCAGCCAGUGGUGCCAGGGAGGGCACCCACACCAGCCCCCCUGCAGGCUCUGGUGAGACCUAUGCUGCGAAUGGUACAGACGUCAAACCCCAACAUGGAGCCACAGCUUGUCACAGCAUCCCCUCCUUCUACAGUGACUCCCUUUAUUGUCACGCCAGCUGCUGCUGUUGCUCCCAAUGCCUCUCCUGUGAUGUUUUCCCCAACCACCUCGAGUCCAGUGCCCAGGGAAGAACCGGAGGUUUUACUGUUGCGCUCCACAACACCGACACCCCCUCCCCCUUCUCUCCUGGCCCCAAGGCUCCGGCGGCAACCCCCUCCACCACCCCGCUCACCCUUUUAUCUGGAAUCACUUGAAGAGAAGCGGAAGAAGCAGAAGGAAGAACGUAUCGACCGUCUUUUCCGGCUCAAUGAGCAACACUGCAACCUUGUGCCCAUUUAUGGUACUGAGGUGCUGCGCUUUUGCUCAAUCUUUCCCCCAUCUCCUCCUCCUUGGAAUGAGGGGGAGGAGGGAAAUGAAGAGCAAGUUGUGGCAGUCCAAAAAGUAGAACCUCAAAGCUCAAGAGGAACUGGUUAUACUAACUGCUAUGUAGCACAAGUUCAAAGAGACCCCCAUCGCCUUGAGGCCUACUGGCAGCGAUCAGAUACUAUAUCUCAGGCGAUCAUGACACCACAGCAGCGAAUUGAAGAACUGUCAAACAUUAUAGAAAGAUUCAUUUUUGUUAUGCCUCCUGUGGAGGCUCCUGCCAUUACCAUGCACAGCUCGCACCCGCCCCCAUCCUUUCUGCUUCAGCAGGCUGUCUUCAAAGAGACUCUGCGGCAGGAGCUCUCACCCCAUGCCAGCUGCCUGCAUCGUAUCGUUUGCAGCAUGAGGACUCAGUUCCCAGACCUCCGCCUCAUCCAGUAUGACUGUGGAAAGCUGCAGACCUUGGAUAUUUUGUUACGGCAACUCAAAGCUGGCGCACACAGAGUCCUAAUCUUCACUCAGAUGACUCGUAUGCUGGAUGUACUGGAGCAGUUUCUCAAUUAUCAUGGGCAUAUUUACCUGAGGCUGGAUGGGAGCACUCGAGUGGAGCAACGUCAGGCACUCAUGGAGCGUUUCAACGCAGAUAAACGCAUAUUCUGUUUCAUCUUGUCGACACGCAGCGGUGGUGUGGGAGUGAAUUUGACGGGGGCUGACACCGUGGUGUUUUAUGACAGCGACUGGAACCCCACCAUGGAUGCCCAGGCUCAAGAUCGUUGCCAUCGGAUUGGGCAGACACGGGAUGUUCACAUCUACAGGUUGAUCAGUGAAAGAACAGUGGAGGAAAACAUCCUGAAAAAGGCAAAUCAGAAGAGGAUGCUUGGAGACAUGGCUAUUGAGGGGGGCAAUUUCACUACUGCCUAUUUCAAGCAGCAAACCAUUCGUGAGCUUUUUGACAUGCCACUUGAUGAACCAGCUAAGAAAGAAGGGGAGCUCCCAGCAGUAGCACAGGAGGAUGAAGAGGAAACCAUAGCCACCAAGCAGACCCAGAUUUUAGAACAGGCCCUUUGCAAGGCGGAGGACCCUGAAGACAUCCGGGCUGCUACCCAGGCCAAAGCAGAGCAAGUGGCUGAGUUGGCAGAAUUUAAUGAGAACAUCCCUUUGGACUCUGAGGACAGGCCAAGCAAGGAAGAGGAGGAGGAGAUGUCAAAGGCUGAGCAGGAGAUUGCUUCCCUGGUAGAACAGCUCACCCCCAUUGAGCGCUAUGCCAUGAACUUUCUGGAGGCAUCUCUAGAGGACAUCAGUCGGGAGGAGUUAAAGCAGGCAGAGGAACAAGUGGAAGCUGCCCGCAAAGACAUUGAUCAGGCUAAGGACGAGGUUGUCUUCAAACUGCCUGAGGAUGAAGAUGAAAGCUGUCUCCUUGAGGAGAUGUCCAGCAAGAAAAGCAAAAAGGCCAAGGCUGCUAACCGUGGAGUCCCAGAGAGGACAGGCACCCGCAUGAGUGAAAGGCUGCGUAGCUCUCGCCUUCCACCCCGAGAGGGUGACAGUGGGGAUGGGGAGUCCACCCAAGCGAGGCUGUCCAGUCUUCGGCAUCCUGGAGUGGCGACUGAUGAAGAUGAUGACACUUUGCCCCAAGUAGCUCAGCACACACGAGGUGCUGCUGUGCGCAGAGAGCUGGUGCGGGAGGAGAAGCUUGUUUUGAACACCCGGAGAACUGUGCCCCGUCGAGAGGAGCCUUGGACUAAGGUCUCCGCUGCUGGGGAGAGGGGACAGAAAGCAGCCUCACAAAAAACAGAAACUUCUCCUUCUGGUGACAGAGUUUUGAGAACUAAUCCCCACAAAACAGAGACCCUAGUUCCUGGGAGUAAGUUAUUUCAAGUGGCUCCACAGAAGAUGGAUGAAGGAGCUGCUGGUGACAGAGUUCUCAAAGGCAGCCCUCCAAAAGCAGAAGCUCAACCUACUGGUAAGUUGCUAGAAAGUUCUCCACAGAUAAUCGAUUCUGAUUUGAAUAAAGCACCAAGGUUAGGUCUGCAGAAAUCUGAGAAAGCUCCCUGUUUGGAUAAACUGCAACCUGGCUCAUCUACACCUGGAGCAUUAGUAUUAAAAACACAGAUCUCACAGAUUCAGCCACAGGAACCUGAUGCAGAAGGAACCAAGUUGCAAGCAGAUGUGAACAUGCAAAAACAAAAGGAAAUGCCCCAACUCAAUUCAUCAGUUCCCGAGUUCCAUAUUGCAGAGAAUAUCUCAAAUAUGGAGUUACUGGAGCCACAGGCACCAGUUGAUGUUCCAAAGACCAGCCUAGAGAUCUUGGCCAUUGAAGAGAUGGCACCAAACCCAGUACUUCCUGUUACCACUCCAGAGCUAUAUUGUGAGAACAAACCAGAUGCUGUUUGUGAGAGUGACAUCUCUUUGAAUGAGCAAAAAGAGGCCUUACACAGGCCAGAAAAAGAAGUGGAUAUGACUGCCAGUUAUGGUGCUUCGGACCAAGAAUCACUGAAUUCUGUGGAUGAGGCACCUAGGAAUGAAGCUGCUCAGGAGGUCGCACCUCCAAAUGAUGGUGAUAGAAAAGUAACAGAUGUGCAUCCCAUUGAAAGCUCAAAGGAAACUGCUGACGGUUCGAUGCCCACAUUUGUUAGUGAGAUCCCAAAGACAGAGGUUCCUGUAUCCACUUCUUGUAACGACUCCAUGACAGCUGCUAGCCCCUGUCUUCAUGUGGAAACUUUACCCUGUGUCAAGGAACAAAAUGGUUUGCAGCAGCUUCCGAAAACUAGAGAACUGCCUUGCCCUGUUUCAGACUUUGCUGAAGUUCCCCAUCCUGAAAUUGCCUUAGUUGAGACUGCAUUGCUCACCACAGACCAAGCUAGCAGAAGAAGCAGCAGCCUCGUGGAAUCACCCAAGGAGGGACAAGGAGUGGUGGAGAAAAACUUUCAUGGGGGUGAGCAGCCUGUCACGGAAGCAGAGAUUACCACCAUCUCUCCAGGUGCUCUGUCUCUACAUGAGAGUUCAUCAGCUAGUGGAAUCUGUCCAGGAAUCACCUCUUCAGAUGAGAGUCUUUCGCCAAUCAAAAUACGCCGCCGUCGCACCAGUGCUGAUAUACAGAUCUGGCAGAGCUAUCAAGACCAGGAUAGUCCCACUGCCAAAGUCUUGCGGAAGUUGCCAGGGAGGUUGGUCACAGUGGUGGAGGAGAAGGAGCUAGUUCGCCGUCGGCGUCAUCGUGUACAUGAACUGGAUGCAUCUGAUAGCUCCAUGAUGAGUCCCAGCAACAGCUCAGCUCAGAGCGGGUCGGAGCCAGAAACUUCAUCCUCUGGAAAAGAGUUGCCCCUGUUGCGUGACUUGCCAGCCCGCCGGAGAAUUGAGAUGGAGAGCCGAGUAGCAGCAAAGAGGAGAGAUGGAAUCUCUAGAGGUGAGCUUUUUGCCAGCCCUUCCACCGAGCCUGUCAAACGCAAACGAGGGCGUCCCCCCAAGAACAAGGGCUCAGAGCAAGAAAGUCUGGUGAGCCUCCAUCCCCUUCUUGAGUCCACCUUGGAAGCGAGCCUUCAAAACAAAACACCAAAGCAGACAGUCCUUGAGACAGAGUCCCAGAGAAAGAGCUCUGAGCAGAUGGCGCCUGAAACCCAACUCCAAAUUAAGACCGCUGAGUCAGACAUGCCCCAGACCCAUCCCCAAAGUAACAUAGCUGAGAGGAAGGUUACUGAGUUCCAAAUUCAAAAUAACCCUGAACAGAAGAUAUCAGAGAUCCAACUCCAAGGGAAGACCUCUGAGCAGAAGCUACUUGAAAUCCAGCCUCGAAAUAAGUCCUCGAAGAAGGUGUCUAAGGCCCAUAGUAAAACCUCUGAACAAAAAAUAUCUGAGACUCAACCCCAGAAUAAAGCCUCUGAGCAGAAGCUGCACAAGACCUGUAGACAGAAGGCUAAAUCUCCCAAGAGUAAGCGGGGUAGUCCGAAUAACUCCCCUGUAGAGAAAAAACGGCGUGGCCGUCCCCCCAAGUUACAGGAGUCCUCCAUUGUUUCUCCUACGACUUCUGCUUCAAAAACGCUACCAUCCACAGCUGCAAAAUCUGACCUACUUCCCAAGGUACAAAAGCAGCGGAAAAAGUCCUGUGGGCCCACUGCUGUAACAGAGGCGACAUCUAAGAUACAUGAGUCAGUGGAUCUGGCUCCCCAAGCGACUUUGGUCUCAAAAACAUCCUCUAAAGCACGGAACCCAAAAUCCAUGCAUCCCAAAGCCAUGUCACAAUCAAAACAAACUUCGUUAGAACUUUUGGCCACUCCCCUCAAACCUCUUUCCAACUCACCCACGGAGAUGUGCAAAACUCUUGCCACUCCCCUUAGCGUGGUCUCUGCAGCUGAAACUUCCACAGAGAUGCAAGAGAAGCUGCAUAUGGCCCUUGAAGCUUCCCAAUUGCUGGAUUCUCCACCCAAGCGGAAGAGAGGGAGGCCUCCAAAGAACACACCUCCAUGUCUGGAGGCAGAACCACCGCCUGCUUCCACCUCUGACCAGAAAAUCUACCCUAAGACUGAGAAGUUAGCAAACCCUGCCUGUAAACGUCGGAGACGAAAGAGAAAGGAUGAACUUGGCCCGUCGUUGUCCCACCCCAGCCAGAGCUCAUUGGAGAGCGAGGACACUCGCCCACUCACCAGACUUUCUCGGCUCAAGCGUAAUGAGAAGCCGGAGCUGAGUUCAGCUCAGUCCUUCCCAAAGGACAUGGCCAUAGAGGGUGCCUCAUCAUCGGAGAGCAAUGCUUGGGAGCAAGUUCCCAGUGAAACCCCCGGCCGUUCUACCCGCCUGCGGCCCGGCAGCCUUGUUCCACCACUGGAAUGGGAGACUCAUCGGCGAAAGCGGCGCUACUCAUUGGGGAGCAGUCAAGUGAGUGAUAGGAGCAAGUCUCCUGCUCCCCAAGCCUCUUUGGACCAGGAAGGCAGAGAGCCCGAAUCUUCCCCAGAGUCAAACAGUAAUAAUGGCAAUCGUCAAUCCAAGCGCCAGUGCUGUGAAGCUGGGGUGCAUGGUAAAAGGAGAGGGCGGAAGCAACACCCCCAAGGUGGCUCGGCUGACCGAGUCCUCCGUAGUGCAGCCAAGCCUGCCGACACUGCCAGCUUGGCUCCUUCCCCAGUUCCCACCAGGAAGGCGGGUGCUAGUUCUGCUGCUGCUGCUGCCUCAGCGGUGGGAAUCCCUGGGGUGAUCUCUCAAUCCAGCACCCCCUCCCCAGCUGCCCCCGUUACCUCUUCACUAAGUAACAGAGGUCGCAAGCCCAAGACGUGAUGACGGCAGCCCAAGAGAUUCUGCUAUCGUCUGCGCGGAUGGAUUGUCGGCCAUCCGUUCCAACUCACAUACCGUAAGCAGAUCUAGUCCGCCACCUCUUCCCUUGUUCUCAUCCCUCCUGUUCAUAUGGGGGGUGAGGGUCAGUCCCUGGGGCUUAACUCCCUCCCACGGCUCCCUGCAUUCCAGAUUGACUGUUAGGAGUAUUACUUGAAAGGAGGAGAAGGCGAUUGCUGGUGGCGACCUGGCUGUUCAUUCCCAGGUGCUCUUUCUCAGAAUGAGGUGAGGGCCCCUCUUGCUUGAAGUUGCCAGUUCUGGGUGCAUGGCUCAGUUGCUCCACCCGAGAGGAAGGGAGAGGACCAGCACUUUCACAAUGAAUUCUGUGACUUCUUGCUUGUGGGCUGGGGGUGUAAGAGCAGCAGCUCAGUAGAGCUGCAGCCCUUCAAGAUGACAGUAAAGGGCUGUCACCACCCCUGGACUCCCCUAUCAUUUGACUACCACUUUGGGAAGCUUCAGUCCAAGUGUUCCUUAGGCUUAUGUCCUAUUUUAAAUGGUCACAUGUUGGGGUUACGUAUCUCCCACCCUCUUUUCCCUCCCCUCCGUCUGCAGGGAAUGCCCAUCUGAUUUGUAACACAAUUAGCUCUUACUUUUUUAAUGGCUUUGGGUUGGUUUUUAAAUGACAGUGACCAAAAGCCGGGUCCCUUUCCCUGGCUACCCGUUCUGAUUGUUUCCCGCUUAAUCCGUUCACAGUUUAGGGCCCUCUAGAGGCUCAAGGCAGUGGGAGAGUUAACCCUUCAAAGUUGGGGAUGGUGUAAGGCCCACCUCCCAAAAAGACAUGCUCUCACCUUUGGCACCACCACCACCUGGGGAAACUGUCUUAUUUUUAACAAUGUAUAUUGCAGCCUCACUGCUCCAAGGACUUGUUGUGGGCUUCUGAGUUGGGUCAGAUCCCUCUCCUUUUUCCCACCACUGUACAGCUCUCUUGUUGUAAAAUAGGUUCUUUUGAACAUAAUCUAUGCAAAGGUUAUUUUGUAUAGGGGAGCACAACGUUCCCUCCCUUCCUCCACCACAGAGGGAUUUGGGGGUGGCGGCAGCGGUUCUCUGGUUUUGGGGAGGGGCGCAGUUGGGGUGGCGGAGGGUGAGGUGUUCCCAUGGAGCUGUCUUUCCUACUGAAGCAUGUUCAGAACUUGUACAGAAGACCGAUGUAAUCUUUCUUCAGAAUAAUGCUAUGAAUAAAGUGUUAAAAAAACAAACAAAAAAACAAAACAAAAAAAAACAACAGCACACCA